UCAAGGGUCCACUACUAAUUUCACAACAGCGAGUCCCUUUUUAGUUUGUAAAACUUUUUGUAGACGCCUACGUUUUCUCAUUUUCCUCAGAUCUCUCUCCCUCUCUCGCCAACUCACAAAUUUUCUUCGCAUCUGCAAUAAACAUUCAAUUCAAGGUUUCUCAAAAAUGGCAGAAUCAAAACCAGGAUUGAGGAAACCCACAUUCACUAAGGUUGACCAGCUUCGUCCUGGCACUAGCGGGCAUACUCUCACCGUGAAGGUUGUCAGUACCAAGAUGGUAUUGCAGAAGGGUCGUGCUGAUGGUCCUCAAGUACGCCAAAUGCGAAUUGCUGAAUGCUUGGUGGGUGACGAGACAGGGUUGAUUAUUUUCACGGCUAGAAAUGAUCAAGUGGACUUGAUGAAAGAGGGCAGCACUGUAAUAUUGCGCAAUGCUAAAAUUGACAUGUUCAAGGGAUCAAUGAGGCUUGCUGUGGACAAGUGGGGCCGUGUUGAAGUCACUGAACCUGCUGAUUUCACUGUGAAGGAAGAUAAUAACCUGUCACUGAUUGAAUAUGAGCUUGUGAAUGUUGUUGAAGAGUGACUUUUCUGGACAGUGUUCACUUUCCUAUUACAUCCUGACCCAAAAAAUAAAAUGAAAUGCAGAAAGAAAAUUACUAGUCUUUGGGGCACCCGUUCUCCCAAAUGCUCAUUAAAGUUCACUUUUAGGCAGAGGAAAUUUGGAAGCUAGUACUACCCAUGUUGUUUCUACCUUUGCAGCAGAUCCGCUGGAACCAUUGGUUGGACAUCCAAGCAGUUGGUGAAGGCUGCAGCCUGAUAAAGAUAAAGCAACUAGCUUUUAUUUGUUUACUGUCUAUUUGCUUUUGGAGAGUAAAAUGUUCUGUCUAUUAGAUUAUAUAUUUGAGAUUGAUAUUAUGAACUCCGUGACUCUAUCUCUAUACUCUGUAUAACCUAGCAUAAUUUUGCUUGCACAAUGUUUCUCUUUUCUUGUUCUCAUGCCGUCAGGUUAUAUAUCUGCAUUUGUCCAUC